GUGGUUUCCGGUGCUACUGCCUCAGACAGUGCAAGCUGCGUCAGAGCGGAGAAGAAGGGAUCAAGUGGUAGCGAAGUCCUCCAGGUUACAAGAUGGCGCAGUGGAACCAGUUACAGCAGUUGGACACCAGAUAUUUGGAACAGCUGCACCAGCUUUACAGUGACAGUUUUCCCAUGGAGCUGCGCCAGUUUUUAGCGCCUUGGAUAGAAAGCCAGGACUGGGGGUUUGCUGCCAGUAAAGAGUCCCAUGCCACACUUGUCUUUCACAACCUUCUCGGGGAGAUAGACCAACAAUACAGCAGGUUCCUACAGGAGUCAAACGUCCUUUACCAACACAAUUUGAGGCGCAUAAAGCAGUUCCUACAGAGCAGAUACCUGGAAAAGCCUAUGGAGAUUGCACGCAUUGUAGCAAGGUGUCUUUGGGAAGAGGGAAGACUUCUCCAGACUGCAGCGGCAGCAGCACAGCAAGGUGGACCGGCCUCCCAUCCAACUGCAGCUGUUGUUACUGAGAAACAACAAAUGCUAGAGCAACAUCUUCAGGACGUAAGGAAGAAAGUACAGGAUCUCGAGCAGAAAAUGAAAGUUGUGGAAAACCUGCAAGAUGAUUUUGAUUUUAACUACAAAACUCUAAAAAGUCAAAAUGAUCUAUCGGACCUUAAUGGGAAUAACCAGGCAGUAACCAGACAGAAAAUGCAACAGCUGGAACAGAUGUUAACAGCAUUAGAUCAGCUGAGAAGAACCAUAAUAAGUGACCUGGCAGGUCUCUUGUCUGCUAUGGAAUAUGUCCAGAAAACCCUGAUGGAUGAAGAACUUGCUGAUUGGAAACGGAGGCAACAAAUAGCAUGCAUUGGGGGUCCUCCCAAUAUUUGCCUUGAUCGUCUAGAAAAUUGGAUAACCUCCCUGGCAGAGUCUCAGCUGCAGACACGUCAACAAAUAAAGAAAUUAGAAGAACUGCAACAGAAAGUCUCGUACAAAGGUGACCCUAUUAUUCAGCACAGGCCCAUGUUAGAGGAGCGGAUUGUGGAGCUCUUCAGAAAUCUAAUGAAAAGUGCUUUUGUAGUGGAGAGACAGCCAUGUAUGCCCAUGCAUCCAGACAGACCUCUUGUUAUCAAGACGGGGGUACAGUUUACAACCAAAGUCAGACUCCUGGUUAAAUUCCCUGAGCUGAAUUACCAACUUAAAAUCAAAGUUUGCAUCGAUAAGGACUCUGGAGAUGUUGCUGCACUGAGGGGUUCCCGUAAGUUUAAUAUCUUGGGGACAAACACCAAAGUCAUGAAUAUGGAGGAGUCAAACAACGGAAGCUUGUCUGCAGAAUUCAAACAUUUGACUCUGCGAGAGCAACGGUGUGGCAAUGGGGGGAGAGCAAACUGUGAUGCAUCUCUUAUAGUGACUGAAGAGCUGCACCUGAUCACGUUCGAGACCGAAGUUUACCACCAGGGUCUGAAGAUAGAUCUGGAGACCCAUUCACUUCCCGUUGUGGUGAUUUCAAACAUCUGCCAGAUGCCAAAUGCCUGGGCCUCAAUCCUGUGGUACAACAUGCUGACAAACAACCCAAAGAAUGUCAACUUCUUCACCAAGCCUCCAAUUGGAACAUGGGAUCAGGUGGCAGAGGUCUUAAGCUGGCAGUUCUCCUCUACUACAAAACGUGGCCUUAGCAUUGAGCAGCUGAGCACUUUGGCAGAAAAGCUGUUAGGUCCUGGAGUCAAUUAUUCAGGCUGUCAAAUCACCUGGGCCAAGUUUUGCAAAGAAAACAUGGCAGGCAAAGGUUUUUCCUUUUGGGUCUGGUUGGAUAACAUAAUAGAUCUUGUAAAGAAAUACAUCCUUGCAUUGUGGAAUGAAGGGUAUAUUUUGGGUUUCAUAAGCAAAGAGCGGGAGCGAGCAAUUCUGAGCACCAAACCACCUGGCACCUUCCUGUUAAGAUUUAGUGAGAGCAGCAAAGAAGGAGGGAUAACAUUCACAUGGGUGGAAAAAGAUAUAAGUGGUAAAACCCAGAUCCAGUCUGUGGAGCCAUAUACCAAGCAGCAACUGAACAGCAUGUCGUUUGCAGAAAUAAUCAUGGGCUACAAAAUCAUGGAUGCUACAAACAUUCUUGUGUCCCCUUUGGUUUAUCUUUACCCUGACAUCCCAAAAGAAGAGGCCUUUGGGAAAUACUGCCGUCCAGAGAGCCAAGAGCAUCCAGAACCAUCUGACCCAGGUAGUACUGUUCCAUAUCUGAAGACAAAGUUUAUCUGCGUAACACCAACAACAUGUAGCAGCACUAUAGAUUUACCCAUGUCCCCUCGGACCCUAGACUCUCUAAUGCAGUUUCCAGGAGAAGGGUCUGAAAACAGCACUGCAAACCAGUUUGAUCAUAAUAGUUGGACUCUAGCAGCGCUAGCUGACCGUCUUAACCAUGUUACAUUCCCGGAGUCCCUCCAAACUUGGCUCCUUGAUACGAGGAGCCCUGAACUGAGCCACGAUCUUGAAAGCAUUUCAGAAAAUCAGGACUUCUCCAAUGCAAUAUAAUAGACGCUAACAUUUGAAAUGGAUCUAGCAUCUGAAUGUGCAGCCUCCCCAAUGUGAUCUGCUUCAUCUCCUUUGCCUGCAAGCUUCUGCUACCAAAAAUGUUCCAUCAUUUGUAAGAGAGCUUCCACUUUUAAUUCUACUCCACUUGGCAUCUUAAUCUGUGCCAGGCUGGAUGGAAAUGGUCAACAUCUAUUAAAAUCAAGAUUUUUGUUGCCAAGAAAGGUCUUCUCUGCAUUUCAGAUCUCUCAACAGCAAAAGGGGCUGUCUGUGUUGGAAGCAAAGGGAUUAAUAUCAGAGACUGGUGUUUAAUAUUUUACAGUGUUUUUCCUAACUCAGUAUAAAAAGUAAUUUGAUGUACUUCAGAAAAGGGACUAGGAAGGGAGUAUUUGUGAAUGUCAUCUUGUAUUAUUACAGAAAAUAGUUAUCUACAUACAAUUGUAAAGCAUGGAAGUACCAGGACAAUUUUAUUUGAAUCUUUAUGAAAUUCCAAAAUAAGAAGUCUGUCUAAAUUAAAAAACAAACUAUAAAAUCAAGACUUUCAGUUAUUUAGAAUUUCUUCAAGCUGCAAUUUGUCAUUGAUUAAGGAAACCAUCUUUUUAUUGCCAUAUUAAGCUAAUCCCUUCUUCAGUAAAUUUGUUUGGGGAAAGUGUUUUACUUAUUUUGGAGAGUGCAAUCUGUUGCAUUUGGGAUUUUUUCUGAUUUAAAGAGUCAAAUUUAAAAGUGUUUGUGUCAUAGAGAAUACUAUUCAUGAAAAAUAUAUUUUAAUUCGGUUUCUUUAAAUAAAAUUGGUAUUGCAUAUUUUGGAGGAAAUAAUCUAUGUGCACUUACACUUUUUUUAUUUUAGAAUAUCUGAAAACUUUUUAAUAUAUCAAGAUAUAAAACAUAAGCUUAAUAAUUGCAGGGUUUUGAAGGUAGAUUCUUAGAGGGGCCAAACACAAAUACAAAUUUUAAUUAAUUACAACAAUUGUUUAUAAAUGCAUUUUUUAUUGUAAAGAUACCCUUCUGUGCAUCUUGGAAUUUAAUCUGAAUAUGUGAAAUGUUUUUCCCCCUGCUUUUUAUGUAUAUUUAUCAAUGUAGAUCAGGCUAAUAUCAACUUAGUCACUUUGUUCCUGUAUUUAUUCAGCCAUCAAUAAGAUCUCACAAUGUAUUGAUACAGAUCUCUAACCUUGAAAAUCUUAAAAUACAGGAGAUUUAUUUAAGUAGUUAAUAUUAACACCAUGAUAUGCUAAUUAUCACUGAAAACUUCAGAAAAUACAACUAUUAUAGUUUUUUGUAUAAUGCUGAAAAAAGUAUCAUCCUUUAUAGGUUUUGUAAUUGUAUCUUCUUUGCUUAAAGAUACUGCUUUUCACCAAAGGAAUGCAUUGGGUCAUAUAGGAGUAUAUUCCUUUUAAAUGAGUGCCUUUUAAUAUAUGUAACCAUUUAUUUUCAGCACUUGUAACAACCAUUGUUCCCCAACCAAAAUGAUUUUAAAAAGAGGAGUCUUGUGACUCAUAUGGCUUAGGUGGGAAAUGCUCACCCAGUCAUCUACAACCUUUAAGAAUACGAUGAUCUAUGAAUACCACAGUUUAACAUCUUUCUGUAGAGCUGUCCUUUUUCAGUCGUUUUGAACUUGGAAUAUUUUGUAUACUUUAUAUUUUGUAUCUUUUAAUUACAUAUGUUAAUAUAUGUAAAAUAUUUGCCUUUAGAGUAUUUUAGUAGCUUUAAAUGUUUCUGUUUGUAUGAAUGUUAGAAGUUCCUAAUUAAGAUUGGUGCUUCCACUACAGAUGUGGUGCCUUAUUUAAUUUGUCUGAACUGAGAAAGCACUUUGAGCUGUUUGAUUUAGAAAUGUUACCCCAAAUGAGUCUUCUCCUGCAUCCAGAGAGUUUCGUUUGUUUUGGUUUUUAUAAAAUAAAUUAAACCUUUUGCCUAAUUCUAUAUCACAACUCUACAAAGGUAAUUGAUUGGCCAUUUCAGAUCAACUAUAUCUGCAUUUUGUGGUUUCCAAACCGAUGGUGGACCCAGAGUGAAAUGCUAACACGUUUGCUUAGUAAGGUGAUAUAAAAGAGAGUUGGCAUUUACUAUAGGAUAACAGGAGUGUCUUAUUGGUUAUAAAUGUUACAAAACACAUUACUGCCACGUGAGAAGCUAUGUAGGCUAUUGUGCGCCACCACCCUUGAAUUCACCACUGAAAAAAGAACCAUGGAUUCUGAGCGACACAAAAAUUGUUAGUACUAAAUCAGUAUUACUUUUCAGGUGUGUAAUAUCUAUGUGUUAUAUAUCCAUGUAUCUAUAAAUAAAGAUGGACAUUUUAUUCUUUUGACAUUUAACUAGUCCCUAUGGAAUGGAUUUUAAAUGGUGUUUUAGAGCAUCCAAAUAAAUCUCCGUUAUAUUUGAUAUUCUUAACAGAGGACAAAGUAUCAUUUGUGGAGUUAACUCCUAUGGAAACUACAAUAUGCAACAUUUAUACUAUUUUCUGUACUGUACAUUCCUGAAAAAUAUCCCUCCAGACUCUCUUGGUAGAAUAUCUCUUUAUAACCUUGGUUUCACAAUAUUGAGGGGUGGGGGGGAGGAGCAAUGCAUUUUUGAGCUAAUUGACAAGUCAUUUUCCAGAGUCCUCUGCUCUAAUGGGAAACACUUGAAGCUCAGGUUUUCUGAGGAAAAAUAUGCAGCUGUGCUAUACAGUGAUCUAUCAUGUGUCAAUAAUCUUGUUUUAAAAAUCCACAUAUAUAGCCAAUGGGCCUCUUCAAAGUUUUUGUCAGAUAUUGGGAGAAUGUGAAAGCUAAGAGUUAUUUGCAUACAUUAUUGCCCUGCGUAGAAGAGGUGGCAGAUUAUUCUACUUUGUGUGUAUAUUAUAUAUAUAUAUAUAUAUAUAUAUGUGUGUGUGUGUAUAUAUAUAUAUAUAUAUAUAUAUAUAUAUAUGUGUGUAUAUAUAUAUGUGUGUGUGUGUAUAUAUAUAUAUAUAUAUAUAUAUAUAUAUGUGUGUAUAUAUAUAUAUGUGUGUGUGUGUAUAUAUAUAUAUAUAUAUAUAUAUAUAUAUAUAUAUAUAUAUAUAUAUACACAUGCUGUAACAUAAAACAUCUGAUGUGAAUGGUUUAGGAUUAAUCAUUUUGCUGUAAUAGGUCCUUGUAUAUGCAGGAACCCAGGACAUUAAUCUCAUUCCUAGACACAUUAUAGACAUUUAUUCCAGUUAAAUUUGCAACCUCUGUUCAAUUGGUGAAUUUCCAAUAUGUUUUCUCAGUAUCCUUUUUAUGUUACCAUAUUAUGGUAUGAACUGCAGUUUACAGAUAAUGUGUUUUAAUAUGUAUUAUUGCUUAAUGUAUAUGCAUACAAGAAUCUCUUAAAUAAAUUGAUAAAAUAUA